UUUGCCACCACAUCACGUUGAACAGCUCACACACUGAAAAGGGAUGCCCUAGCUUAUCUCUACAAUUGGACCAACUGUCUUUGCCGUGGCAUGUUUAUGUUAAUACAAGUAAUAACAUAUGGACCUGGCCAUCUGGACAAAAACGAAUAAUUCUCCAACGUCGACAAGAUCAUGCCUGCCCCAUGUCCGAAAUACUGUCAAGUCAAACCUCCAUGAAAACAUGUCACCAACACACCGGUGGGUGUCAUUUACAGCAAAAUCUUCACGACACAGCACCAACUAGCUCGAGUAGGUAAGAAAAACCGAUGACUCGUGCCAAGCCGAGGUAGAAAAAUUACGGCUCUCGGCCCUUUCUUCAGAUCAUGUUAAUUAAGUAGAUGGUAAGAUAGAAAUCCAGUACGGGAGGGCGGAGCAGCAGCAGAGGGACGCUCAGAAGUUCCAGAUGUGGGUCAGAAACGAAACGCAGGCAUUGCCCGAGAGUCGUGGAGAUGGUUACAGAAGGUCGAGGUCGAAUGGAAGAGGCCCCCGGGUCCAACUCUCGACCACUGAUUGCGUUCGGUGUCUGAGCCCCCAGUCUUGGCACAUCAGGCAAACCAUCACUGACGCACCCUUGAGACAACCAACGAACGAACGAUCGAUCUAAACAAGACAAAAGUAGAGAGAGAAUAUGUAGCAGGUAAGCACCACAAUCAUGAUCUGAGAGUUCCAAUGAAAUUCAGGCUUGCAGACAGACAGAUUGAUGUCCAAUUGCAGCGGGAGUUGGAGUACAUCGUGUGCAGAUGCUUCUCAUGUCCAUGUCAGAACACGCUCACAGAGGGAUAGAACUUGCAAGAUCAGAAGCAGAGACGGACAACUGGUGUCAUCCUCUCAUUCCUCAGAAACCUUCUCUUGAGUAGUGGAUAGUUUAGAUCAGUUCCAAGCACACAGUGAAACCCGACCAAAUGCAUGAUAGACAUGGGCAGCCGAAGUGGAUCGAGCCAUUCACCGACGAGAAAGAGAGUUCCACUCGAAGCAGGAUAUUUUCCAUUUUCAAACAGACCCGACGAGAGACAGGAGCUUGGAUCAUUUCGAGCUCUGCUUCGCUUGACGAUCUAUCAAUCGUUAGCUUUGAAUCCAAACUGAUGGAGAAGCAUUGGAGAGUCGGAUGUGUGGGCAGAUGCAAUAUAUUAUUCAGAGGCCUAAGGAGAUCACCAGUGUCCUGGUGCCAGUCGGUGGGUGGGGAGUGGCGGGGAGUCCCUCGAGGCACUGAAGAAGCCUGAGCCUCAGAAAUAGAGAAGAGAAGAAAAAAUAUAUUUUUUUUUAAAAGGAAGACUCGCUCUCUCCAUCCCUUUGUUGUAAUCAUUGGAAAAAGUCGAUUGCGUUGGGUUGCGGUCAGCGAUGGCAUCGUCGUACCUCAAUUCAAACUCACCGACCGACUACGACCCUUCUCACUCAAUAAUAAAAUAUUGC